AUGUUUAAAUUUAUAUUAUUAUUAAUAACUUUGCUGAUCAGCAGCAGCAGCUGCGAGUUAGUGACACCAGCAGAAUAUCUGCUAAAGACAAACAGUUUGCCAGCUGAUCUGAACUUUAUGCCCAGCUUGUCCAAUGGGCAUUUGGGCUAUACGGUUUUUGGUGAUGCCAUCUUUAUGAAUGGAGUAUACAAUGGCGCUGCCGGCAACAGCCAAAGAGCACGCAUACCCAACUGGCUGAAUAUUAAGGCAGAGCUAUGUGAUCGCUUUGGCUGUGCGGAGAGUGAAGCGAAUGUGAGUCGCAGCUAUGAAAUGAAUUUACUUGGCGGUUACUUUAGCUAUAAGCAGCAUUAUCCUGGCUUGGAUUUGACGCUGGAGCAGCGCAGCUAUGCACAUCGUUUUUAUAAUAGAGCUGUGAUCUAUGAGCUGCUGGCCAAGCGGCAUGCAACUGCAGCCAGAACUAACUCGCCACAAUUUAUUAAGCUUAGCUCACAGCCUGGCAAUGCAAGCAGCGCUAUUGACUUUGAGCUUAUAAACAAGGGCAGCUCAGCUGCUGGCGACUUCCGACAUCUGCGUGGUCACACCAAAGUGCUGGAGCAGCAGCCAUUCCAAACUUCAGCACAUGAGCUGCAUUUGCUCUUUAGCGAGCCUUUGGAGCAGCCUUUACAACUGCCCUGGCCUACGUGGCAAGCUGAGCUGCAACACCGCAUUAUACUCAGCAUAGAUAAACAAGAGAGCGUGGCACGCAAGGAGCUGCAACAGCUGCUGCAGUUGGAGCCGGCGCAGCUGCUCUCAAGUCACACUCAAGCCUGGCUGCAGUUUUGGCAACAACAAUUCUCUAUUGAGCUGCUGGGCGACGGUGCUUUGGAGCUCUCACGCAUAGUUAAUGCCGGCAUUUUCUACUUGGCCAGCUCGUUGCCCUCGCUAAGCAGUCAUCAGCCCAAUGAAUUCUAUUAUGGCUUAAGUCCCACGGGCUUGGCCCGCGGCAAUCUGGAGGCGGAUUAUCAGGGUCAUAACUUUUGGGAUACGGAAAUUUGGAUGUUGCCAGCGGUCACGCAGUUUGACUUUGAAUAUGCCAAGCAGCUGCUGGAGUAUCGCUUUAGGCAUUUGGAGGGCGCUAGAUAUAAUGCCAAUCUAACUGGAUAUAAGGGCGCCAGAUUUCCCUGGGAAAGCGCCUAUACUGGCACUGAGGUAACCAAUCCUUGCUGUCCCGUCAUCGCUCAACAGGAAAUACACGUCUCGCCAGAUAUAUCCUUUGCGCUAAAGAAGCUUUUUGCGCAGUCCAAGGAUUGGAGUUGGCUAUGUGAGCGCGCCUGGCCCAUAGCAGCAGAAGUAGCAGAUUUUCUUGCAAGUCGCGCUAGUUGUGAUGAGUCUGGCAGCUGCCACUUGUUGCACGUUAUGGGACCGGAUGAGGAUCACGAGAAUGUAGAUGAUAAUGCCUACACUAAUGCUGUAGCCAAAAUAGCGCUGGACUUUGCUGUCUGGACGGGUGAGCAGUGCGCUCAGUUGGGCAAUCGGCGUCGCUUUGAGAGUUGGCGUAAUCUUAGCCAGGCGCUGCUGGUGCUGCAUGAUCAGCAGCUGAACUAUCAUCCACAGCAUUUAGGCUAUCGCCGCGGCGAUAUAGUCAAGCAGGCAGAUACCAUACUGCUGGGUUAUCCGCUGCUUUAUGAUACGAGCGCCACGCAUCGCAACGAUUUGGAUUAUUAUGCAAAUGUUACACGCGAAUCUGGUCCAGCUAUGACCUGGUCCAUGUUUGCCAUUAACUAUUUGGACACCUUUGAUCCACGCGCUGACGACUACUUCAAGCGCGGCUAUGAAAGCUACGUGCGUCCAGAGUUUAAGGUUUGGAGUGAAACGCCCAGAGGCUAUGCAGGUUCUGCUAAUUUCUUGACAGGCAUUGGUGGCUUCCUGCAAGCUUUGCUGAAUGGCUAUGGCGGUCUGGACUUUAUCAUUGACGAUAAUCAGCCUACUAUGCUAUUGAGAAAUACAAAUGUGCCGCCGCUUAUAGAUCAGGUGACUGUCAAGUAUAUUAAUCUAGGCAAGCUCAAGUGCAGCUGGUUCCUUUAAAUAUACAUCCUCGGGAAUGGAAUUGGCACAGCUCCAGCAGAAUCAAAGCUUUAAGCUAAAGGCAGGGCAAGCUGCAUAAACUAAUGUCAGGCAGUUUUCAUGUCACACUCAAACGUGGUGAAGAGCCUAUGUAUAUAAACGCCAUAUAGUUUAAAAUAUUAAAUAUA